CCACCACCGCCGCCACCACCUCCCGAAAUACCUGCAUCUCCGCGCCACUCAGUUUCCCUGGCGGGCGGUGUGUGGGUGUGGGUGUGCGUGUGUGUAUGUGUGUGUGUGUACCGCAUGAUGGAUAUCCUUAAGCUGAAGGUGGCGGAAGCGGGCGUGACGUCAUCAGAAUGGCGUGGUGAGGGACACUCCCGCCGCCGCGCCGCCCUCCUUUUUGGCCGUGCUCGCCGCCCCUUUGCGCCACAACGAAGUGAACGUGACCCGGAAUGGUGUAGGAUGUCGUGACGUGCCCCCGGUGUGCGCAGCGAGCCGAGAAGAUGAGCGGGAGGAACAUAAUCACCCGCGAGCUGAGUGCCCUCACAGAUUCCAUUCGACAGUGCCUGGGCCGGAAAGUGAAGCUCACGUUGAAGGUUCUGGUGAAGGUCGAGACGCGGGGAGACAAAACCGACAACAGGGUGCUGGCCUUUGCAUCAUGCCGGCUCUUCGUCCUCACCGCCAAAGUCCCCACAAGGGUGGACCAACACUUUCACUACCUGGAUAUACAAGGCAUCGAAAGCCGGAAGCCCAACCAGCUGUGCCUGACCGUUUGUGACCGCGUGUACACCUACUACACCACCCAUGAGGAGAACAGCAGCCAUGAGGUGGACACGAUGGUGCUCAGCCUCUGCACUGCCCUCAAGAACAUCUUCCCCUCGGUUCCACUCACACACAUCAUCCGCAAGGUGGACAUCCAGCCGGCGAAGCGGAUGCAGCAGCUGGACGAGCUGGAGCGUGCCACGCUGGGGGGGACGCGGGACAUGGGUCCGUGCGGCGGGUUCUCCACGCAGUACAUGUGUAUGUGUGACUACCACGCGCUGCCCUACAGGGAGGAGGUGGCCUGGGACGUGGACACUAUCUACCUCUCCCACGACACCCGGGAACUCUACCUGCAUGAUUUUGACUACCUAGAGCAGAAGGGAAUGGAAAAUAACAGAGACCUGAUCCCCAUCAUCAGCGCGCUGGAGUACAACACGUGGUUCAGGAAGCUGCGCGCCAGCCACAGCAAGCUCUCCCACGAGGCCAUCGAGAGAAUACUGCACGUGGUCAGCAAGUCACUUAGCUUAGAAGAAGUAUAUUUAGAUAACAUUGGUGCCAAAGCGGAAUUUGCUAACAAGCUGUCACUGGCACUCUUAUCCAAUAGCAACAUUCCAUUGCAAAAGUUGGACGUGUCCCACAACCCGCUAGAGGAUAAAGGUUUAACCAAUCUGUGCGGCCUGGUAGCCAAGCUGUCUCCAGAGGCCGGGGGUGCUAUACACAUUAGUAACCCCAUUGGCCGGCAGGCAAAGGGCUUGAGUCACCUCAACCUUUCCCACUGUGGCCUCACAGGCAAGGGUGUCAACAUGUUAGCACAUUCCCUCUCAGUAAAUAAGUAUAUGUGUCAGACUUUAACAUUCCUGAACCUAGCCGGUAACUCCUUACGCGAUGACGUCAACAACCUGUACAAUUUUUUGGCUCAGCCAAACACGCUCAAGACACUUGACCUCUCAGCCACAGAGUGUGCCAUUGAUGCUCUGUUUGGUGCAUUGUUGCGCGGCUGCACCAGUAGCUUAGCUCACCUUGUCCUGUCGCGCAACAGUUUUGGCAGCAAGAAGAGUCGGGAAAUGUUGCCAUCCUUCAAGCAGUAUUUUACCUCCACCCUUGCCCUUAAAACCCUGACUUUCUCCCAGUGUAAACUCCCAUCAGAUGCUCUCAAAAAUGUACUGUUAGGAUUAGCCUGCAACGAGAACAUCUCAGAGGUUGACCUCGACCUCAGUAGUAAUCACCUUGGGGCCACAGGGGCUCAGAUCCUGGAGUCCUGCAUCCACGGCGUCCGCUGUCUGGCGGAACUGGACAUCUCAGACAAUGGCCUGGAGACUCAGCUUGGGCCUGUGGUGGCAGCAAUAAGCAAGAACAAGAGCAUCAAGAAGCUGAACAUCGGUCGCAACCUGAACAACAUCAAAAGCAAACACGUGUACCAUGUGAUGGAGGCGGUGGUACAGAUGAUCCAGGAGGAAGACUGUGUUCUCGAGUCUCUCUUCAUCAAUGACUCCCGGCUCAAGACAGACCUCCACAACCUCCUGAAUGCUUUAGGGAGCAAUCAUUGCCUCCAAAACCUAGAUAUAAGCGGUAACUACAUGGGUGACAGUGGUGCGCGUCUCCUUGCCAAAGCUCUACAGAUUAAUUCUAAGCUCCAGUUUAUAAGUUAUGAUAGAAAUAACGUCACACUACAAGGGUACAGUGAUAUCGCCUAUGCAUUACAAAGCAAUUUCAGUGUUAAGUUUAUGCCAUUUCCUGUACACGAUGCAAUGCUGUGUAUGAAGACGGCCCCGGAGCGGACGGAGACCAUCAUGCGCCGGAUCCAGGACACCCUGUACAGGAACGUGUCCCCCAUGAAGUACUCCAACGGCCAGGCCUUCAGGCUGCAGCAGGGCUUCUUGCUGAGCUCAACGCAGCAGCAGGUGGACAGGCUGGUGCUGCAGACCGGCGAGGUGGUGCGGACGCUGCGUCGCUCCGGCAGUGACAUGGGUGGCUCCAACUCCCUGCAGUGGGUGGAGGGGCUCAUCACCGACGCCGACAGCUCCAAGCAGCUCAUCUCCCACCUACACGAUGUGGUGCUGCGGCGAGACGAAGCGGGUAACCCAAUAGAGACCAAACUGCACCAGAUCUCCUCCGACCUGUACACGGUCAUCACCAACAACCUGCAGGACACCGUGGAGAGCAUGGUUCGGUCCGCCCAAGACAAGUGUCCCAAUGUGCUCAGCGAGGAGAAGGUGGUCAACGACAUCAGGACCGCCUGCCUGACCAAGUCCCAGCUCUCGUACCAACUUGUGGAGUCGGCCAUUGUGGAACAGGCUGGAUCAGUCAUCUUGAACAAAGUGAAUGAGGUGAACCUGGCGGUGGCGUCGACAGUGUCAGACCGAGUCAUUGACGAGGUAGUGGAGUCACUCUCUAAGACCUGUAAAAACUUGCAAUCCGGCGAGGGGCCGCGGAAGAGAGCUUCUACUGGGACGGAGAUGGGCGGGCGGGAGCGAGGCAGCAGCGAGUCCUCCACUCGCAGCGAGCGCUCUGACACAGUGAGUCAGGGAGACGACACCACCAGCCAGAAGUCUGACCCGUCCCCGCUGAAAUUGGAAUAUUUGAACCUUGCCACGCCGCAGCUCCCCAAGAGAAAGAGUCUACACGGGCGGAAGCUUCGGCCGCAGAGUGUUGUUGACAUGCCUCCAGCCCACAGCCCUGAGCAUGAGCCACUAAUGCUGCACCAUAGUGACAACAGUGCUUUGGUUGAUAUUAAGAGUUACCGUUUGCUCCUGGAGAAAAAUCUUCAUUUUGAACAGACUUUGUCAGCACAGCCAUCAUUUUCGGGUGCCUCUGGCCAGGCACUCCCUGCUUCUGACUUACUGCCUGCGGAGUCCCUGGACAGUGUGUCUGAGCUGCCGAGCAGUUGUGGCCAACUCCAGCACUUGGGUAAAGCCCGGCCCAGGAGGGUGAAAACACGCGCCCCGACCCGACCCAUGGGGCGCGCUGAUCUAGUCGAGGAGGACCACGACAUAUCGGAGGGCGUGGACACCUUCUUCAGGCCGGGCUCCUCCACCCCCACCACGCCACUCAUAUCUCCAGACUCUGAAAACAGUCCACGUCUGUUGAAGUAUGGUUCCACCUCCUCUGUUGAAAGUUCUCCCCAUACUGGUGGUGGCAGGACCGGCAGUGAGCGGGGAAGCAUAGAGUCCCUCACUCGCUCUGAUUCCUUAGCGCGGUCUGAGUCUGACGUGACCAGAGACUCACCCAGGCCGCGCACCAAGUCCCGAGACACAGAAGAGGAGGAUGAGGAUGAAGAGGAGGAGCCCAGCAUGGAAGAAAAGAGUAGUCACAGUGUACGAAGCUUGAUUGGGAGGCAAUCCAACGAUGGCAUGGCAAAGAGGUCCCCAGACAUGAGUGUCAGGAAGGCAUCCACGUCUUCAAGCAUCAGCUAUGCCGAUGAUAAGAGUCGCAGUGAAGACGAUGGGAAGGAAGAUUCUCCCCCGAGGAAGAUCGCCGGCCUUCAUAAAAUGGGUAUUGGGGGCAACAUUUUGGCAGAAAUGAAGAAGAUACAAGAGAAGAGAACAUCAUUCAUGCCAAAGGAUGAUGAGAAAGACAAGGAGGAGAAGAAGGAGAGUCCCUCGAGUAACCUGCUGGCUGGGGUUCGGUUGAGGUCCACCGGCCUGGCUGACAGCCUCAUGUCCCCAACCAAUGGUUUCCCCAGAGGCUCGGGGGGCAACAAAUCCCCCAACUGCAACAGAGACUCAUGUAUUGACACCUCAGGACCCAGCCCCAGCACCAAGCCAGUGAUCACCGCCCUCAAACCUAAGCCCCCUCCCCCUCUCGCACCUAAACCUCGACCCAAGUCUGUCAGUGGAGGUGACCGCAGAUCAGUGGGCCGUGCCGCUGCAGGAGAGUCAGGGCCGGGCGAGGCAGAGGAUGAGGACCCGGCAGACCUUCCCAUGAAGUCUGUGAGGGAGAUGGCGGCCUCGCUGGCUCAGGUGACUGUCAGGGAUAGGCCCAAAGGUGCCAGGAAGUCCACUUCUCUCUCUUGCAUCCCAGCGGUUGGCGGCAGCAGUGGCAGCGGCAGCAGCAGCGGUGUGGCCCCAGAGUUGCUGGUCCUGCUCGACAAACGGCGCUCGACGCUCACAACCAACCAGCUGGAGGAACUGGAGGAGACCUGGGUGGACGGUGAGCGUGGGGAGGAGUCUGCCUGCCCGCCCCUCCACCGCCAGACCUCCCACAAGCACGUCCUGGCCACGGACUUGUCUCUGGAGGACGUUGUCAAUGUAUAGUCAUGGAUUGGAUAGGAAGGGAUAAUUUUGCAUUUUUAGGGUAUAAGUGCACCCCAUAUUGGCAAGAAAGAUUGCCCUAAUAUGUAUACUUAUAAAUUCAAGAUCUUUAGCAAAAAUGAAACUUGUAGGGAUUAUAUUACGAUGAUUACUGUUUAUUUCAAUCCUAUAUAAGAUGCUCGACCUAUUAUGAGGCAGCAGCAAGGCCUCCACAGCGCCGGGGGGUUACAGUGUGAGCCAGUGAGCCAAGAGGACGCCUGCGAUUGGCUGUGACGUCUUAACGUGUGACACGAAUAGUGAUAACUUUACUUAAUGUCAGAAACUGACUCUAAAGUGAAAAUAGAAACAUGCUUUGUUUUGAAGCAAAGUUUGAGACAACAUUUAGAGAAACAAGCAAAUUUUGCAUUUUCAUAAACUAUUGACUUGUAAGCCAGAGAUAGAGCUCAUCUAAUAUAACUAAGCAAAGAAGGUAUUGUAAAUUUAGUGGUUUAGAUAAUAUACAUAUAAGGUACAUCAUACUGUAAAUUGAAUAUAAUAGGUCACUGCCAUCAUUGGAUAUAUAUGUAUAUACUUUUUUUCUUUGAUUAGCACAAGUUAAGUUGUAGGUCCACAAAGCCAGUGUUCUGGUGCAAGCGAGCCUGUGAUGCACACCAGGCCCAGGCUGACACCAGUGCUGCCGGCACCUGUGCGAUGACACCAGGAAACAUAGACUUGUAGAAGUUAUUUUGUAAUUUAGUUCCCCUCACAGAACAUAAGGAAGAUGUCAGGGAUGUUGAAUCUAACUUUGAUGGAGAAUUUGUCCUUUAAGCUGUAUCUUUCACACUUUGUGUAAUGCUAAAAUGGCAUUCAUAUUUUUUGCACUCAUUACUAAAGUUUGCUUUUAGAAUGAUGCACAGUACACAACCAUGGGCAUGAGUAAGCAUGGUUGAAUAGGUAGCUCUUUUUAAUUUUAUAAUCUGUACCACAUUCACGUUCGAAUGGAAUGGGGAUGCCCGGCUCACUUCCAGACCUAACCUUGGUCAGGAGUAGCAAGGACGUAACCUUCAAUGACCCUGCAAACUUUUGUAUAAAUUGAGCAUACCGUGAUUGUUACGUUUAUUGUAAGGUGUUACGUGCAAGAAAAUGGGUGGUGUUAUUUGUUGCGAGGUGCGUGGACUUGCGGCACGGUGAUGGUAUGCCUUCAACUUCAAGAAUACAACCUAAUACAUCUGAUUCCUAAUAUGAGUUAUUGUGUAUUAAAAGUAUUGUGGUAGCGUCUCAGCCGUAGAACUGGGAUGAACUUGUACAUCUUGUGAGCUUUGCUUUACAAUAGAAAUCCAACAAGUAGGAAACAUGAUGAACAUAUGUAUAAAGCUGAAUAUCUUGUCAAAAGUAAUUAUUAUAAUGUUAUUCAUCUACAGGUAGUGUGUUUGCCUCUUUUUUGUACAGCCUGUGUUGUGUUGUGUGAGGAGCCUCGUGCCAAGACUGAAAGCUUUUGUGUGUGUGAGUGUGUGCGUGGUCUGUGUAGUACAUAAUUAUUUGUUUACAUAAUUGUAUUGAACACGGAGGUUCGCAGGGCUGCAAGAGUUUUAUCUGUGAUGGAGUGUCCAUUUAUUUCUGUAACUGUGACAUUGUUGCAUAAGAACAGUUUGCUCCUAAAUGUCUUGAGUAAGUUUAGCUUCAUAUAAAGUAAUGAUAAUUUAGGAGGACCUUGGUUAACACCUGUUUCUAACUGCAAGAAUUAAGAUUUACAUAAACUUAUUAGGUCAGUAAAACCUAGGGAAACAGUUAAUUGUUAGUGUUUGUUAGUGUAUAGUUACUUUUAAUUAUGAUAAUGAUUAUGAAUCAAGAAAUUAAAGCUAUUGGAUCCCUUCUGAGUCCCGGGGCAAGUACCAGAUAGUGCCAGAGUUGUGGUGUACAUGUUUGCGUCUGGGGAUAAGUGAUACACCUCUUUUCAUUUACAUGAGUUAGGCAUUUGGUUGGAAAGGUCAUACAAAACUUUGGUAAUGUCAAGGUAUAUAUAACCACCUUUUAUAUACUUGCAUCCACAUGAAGUCUCCUGUAAACCAAUCAACUUGAUAGACGCAUCGUUGAGAACCACACUUAAGUGGCCGCCAGUCUGCCGCGUCCCCUCAGUAUCCAGAAUUAAAAAGGGAAGGAUUUGUACAAAAAGCACAGAAGUCUGAAUUUUCCCAAGUGACUUUUAAUACUCUAGCAAUAACUCACUCAGCUUAAACUUCAUGGCGAACGCUGUCGCCGAGCCCAGCAGGUGCCAGUGUGGUUUUGAUGACGUGGAGCAUUGAUAAAAGCUGCUACUCUAUCACAAAUAUUGGUCAUAAGCUAGAAUACUGGUGCUGUCUGGUACUUCUCCACUUUGUCAGAAAGGUUUUAUUUGGCAAAGCAUAUUAAUAAUGUACGGUAUAUGUGUGUUGGUGAUGUAUGCAUUUUAUGCAAUAUAUCACAUUCAGUGAAGAUUCAGUCAGGAGUAACCAAAUACAGACACCUUUAUUUAUAACAUGCACAUUUUUGGAGUUUGUUUUAAGAAAAUCAUACCAACUGUACACAGCUGUACACAACACUGGACAAAAAUUGUAGCUUGAGUUUGUGUAAGCUGAGUGUGUUUCCCAUUACAAGGUGAGUCUAGCAGAGUUUUCCCAGCAGGUGAUGUGGUUUGGGCUUCACCAAGGUAGUACAAAGCAGCCAGUUGCAAGGUUUGUUAAGAGUGCUCACAUGAGACAAUACAAUUUUAAAAAUCAAAAAAAUACAAUUAAUGUUGUAUAGGUGAGUGUAGGUAGCUAUAGGAAACAGGAAACUUCUAAUUCAGCUUCAAAACCUACCUCGAACCACUGUAGUACUCCUCUUGUAAUGUAUUUAUUUUUCCUUUGCUUGUUCUCGGUCACCUUAGCUCUCCUCCUCCUCCUCCUCCUCUGGCCCUCACCAAGACGCAGUGCUUGCGCUGGCUCUGAAACACUGUAACACUGCUGCUCCAGACCCUUGAGCCGAGUAGGUACUUGUGCUAAGGUUGCAUGUUAUGGAAACCACUUUUGUAAUUAUCAAUUUUGUAAUUCCCUUCAUAAGUUCCAUCCUGUACAGGUGCAAGUGUUCAAGAAGAUAAAGAAAUUAAUUUAUUGUUUGUUGACGGCUUAAAUUUUCCUAAGUGGCUUGUUUGAGCUGAAUUUGAUAAUAGCAUGAGUUUUCAUGUCUGUCUCGUGAGCUCUUGUUUGAUGUACUUGUCAUGAGCUACAAACUGUACAGAUUACUGCCAGUCUCAUGUAAAUUCAUUGUUAGCUUUUUUAACAGAUAGCAUAAUGGCGUAAGAAUUGUUGUGGUAACCUCAUCUUGUUUAGUAUGAUUGUAAUGUCGUGCUUGUUGGGUGCAGCACAGAUGGGGCUCGGGACACCAGUGGCAUUCUUCCAAGGAGCUGAUUAGUUUUGGUUAAGCGAUAAUGAAUCUAAUCUGAAUCGAUUCAGUGAUUGUGAUAUUUAAAUUGGACAAUUGCUUUGUAAUCCAGAUACAGUGCAUUUAACAUCCAAUAUUUUUAUUAGUAUUAGGACCUGCAAUGUCAUGACAGUUGUCCCAGCUGGCCCACGUCUUGAGCAACUGUGCCAUGAUUAGGUAGCAAUGAAAUACUUUGUGGUCAUUGUGAGUUGUGAUAGCAUCAAGAUUUCUCAUCACAUUCUUUUCUUCCUUCUUCCUUUAAAAUGUUUGCUAAAGAGAAGUUAUGUGACCACAAACUUUUGUCACAGCAAUGUUUUACUCUUGUAUUGUAAAUAUAUUAAUUGUCAUAUUUUAUAUUUUACAAUUAUUCUACUGCCUUAAUAAAAUUAUUUCCUA